AUGGCAAGUGUAACUGCCUCACAAUUACAGCGCUUUAAUGCUCUCCGGUGCCCGGAGCGGGAUGCAUCCGGAAGACGCAACCACUACCAUUUCGCCGUCAAGGCUCUUCCCGGAGUUCCAGGCGAAGCUGUAUUCUUCGCAAAUCCAUACAACAACCACCAUGAGUGUGAGGGUCGAUCCACAAUUUCCCCUCUCUCGCCAGAUGCACAGGCCAGAAUUAUUGUGCCUUUGCUACUGGAGGCAUUUGUCAAUCGAUUCGACGAGCCCGGCAUAAUUCCUCAGAUGGGCAGCAACAUGGAGCCAUUCGCGCCAUUUACUUGGAGCACCACCGAUGAGAACCUUGCACAGGCUGUCUCCCAUAGGUGUCAGGAAAUUGGCAUCAGACGCGAGCUGUGUGACGUUGCCGUCACUACCGCUGAAGAGCUUCGCAGUGCCGAGGCGUGCUGGACGAAGUGGAGCAAUGCCUUGGUCGAAGCUAUGGCUAUGUUUGAUCUCCCGGAUAGCGGCGUCGAGAAUGUCGGAAUGAGCUGUGAGAAUUGUGGUUUUACUCCCUCGAUGGAUAAGCCCCUCCAUCCGUGUUCUCAGUGCUUGCAAGUCACUUAUUGCUCGAGGGAAUGUCAAACUGAGAAUGCUGAGGCUCACGGUCGGGUAUGUGCGCCUGAUAUUGAUUAA